CAAAGUCUUGGGUCUGAGUUGAGUGCGUAAGAAACCAUGUCGGCCGUCAUAGGCAAACUGCACUCACCUCUCAUUUGAUAUAAAACGAAUUCUCCAUGAAAUAACACGAAGGCUCGGCCUCAGCUAUGGCCAACUCGGGUGCUGUACAGGUGAAACUGGAACUUGGUCAUCGUGCCCAGGUCAGGAAGAAACCUACGGUGGAAGGGUUCACCCACGACUGGAUGGUGUUUGUGCGAGGACCAGAGCACAGCAACAUCCAGCACUUUGUGGAGAAAGUGGUUUUUCAUCUGCACGAGAGCUUCCCGAAACCAAAGCGAGUGUGCAAGGAUCCACCGUACAAAGUGGAGGAAUCUGGAUACGCAGGCUUCAUCUUGCCCAUCGAAGUUUAUUUCAGAAACAAGGAAGAACCGAAGAAAGUUCGCUUUGAUUAUGACUUGUUCCUCCACCUGGAAGGUCACCCGCCCGUCAAUCACCUCCGCUGUGAGAAGCUCACCUUCAACAAUCCAACCGAGGAGUUUCGUAGGAAGUUACUGAAAGCUGGAGGGCAACGAAAUCCUCACAAAAGAAGUUCAGAAGACUCAAAGGUGAUGAUAAUGCAGGAGGGCUCAGCCUCCCUGUUUGGCUCCCACCUCAAGCUGGCAACACUUCCCAACAGCUCUGACACAAAGAAAAGCAAAGGCUUUAAUGCGUCCAAGGAUGGCUCUACAGGAAACGCUUUCCUCAUUAUGGCCACAACCACCAGCACUGACAACAGCAGCAUCUCCAAACUCCACAAGCCAUUUAAGGACCAUAAAGACAAGACCCCAAAAGACUUAAAAGACCCCAAAAGUGCCUUCAGGGACUCGGGCUGGGAACCCGGAAAAGCCCCCAAAGAAUCUUCCAGGAAACCCAAAGAGAACCAGCCGCUUAGAGAGAUCAAUCCUAAGAUGGGCUUCAAGCAGCCCAAGUCUUUGUCUAAGGAGCGUAGGACUGAGGGGAUAACUCAUGCGUCGAGGUUAAACAAGCGCUUGUCUGGCCUCGAUGGUGACGAUCACGGGACCAAAAGACGCAAAAAGGGGUUUGUGAAUUCCUCGGAAAUGCCGAUUUCAGAGUUAGACGGUCAGAGUUUGGAUAAGAAACUACUGAGAGACAGAUCGCAGCUGCACACCAGUAAGCUACGAGCAGAAAGCGAGGACGCAGACCUCAGGAGCGCGUCCACGCUGCCGCCAUUCCAGGACCUGGUCGAUGCUAAUGACUCUGAUGUGGAGGACCAGUCUGCCAGAUCGGAUUCUGAGCAGCCCAGUCCAGCGGGUUCCAGCUCCAGUUCAAGCUUUGCUCCCACACCCCACAAACGGCAAGUGCUUGGCCCGCUGCAGUCAGUGAUGCAGGAUCUGCACUCGGACGACGACGACGAUGACGAUUCAGACGACGAUGAUGUGGAUUCAGACACGGAUCGAGCAGGCCACGCACGCCUCACACACCACCAGCACAGGUUAGUUUACCUGGAUGAGCUGGUGGAGCUGCAUAAAAGACUAAUGACACUAAGAGAAGGUCACAUACUGCAACAGAUUGUAAACCUGAUUGAAGAGACCGGACACUUCCACAUUACAAACACUACGUUUGACUUUGACCUUUGCUCUUUGGACAGAAGUACAGUAAGGAAGCUGCAGAGCUAUCUCGGGACGUCCUGAGGCACGCAGCAGUUGGGUGCUGGAUCCGAGCCUCUGACUCGUCCUGAAUCAGUUCCAGCUGUAGUUGGCGUGUCUAAACCUCACAGUGGGUCCAGCCUGCUGCUUCGACCCCCCCUGAACAAAGAGUUCACCCUGCUGCAGAAAUCGGGGGUAGAUGUACGAGAUCAGGAUGUCAGCAGGCAACAAUCUGAAAACUUGAUAUGAAGGGUUGGUGGGUGGGAGUGAUUCUGCUGCCAUGUAUGUUGUUGUUUAUCGUGACAAAUGCAUGAUCAACUUUGCCUUACAACUUUGUACGUCUUAUUUAUUAAAUUUAAUUUGCAGGUGUGUGCGUGUGUGUUGGGUGGAAAAAAGUGAAACAGGACUUUGUUGAAGAGCUCUAUAAGGCACAAGUCUGACCAGUAACACUACUCUGCUUCGGUCUCCGAUCAGAUAUCUGAUUCAUUCAUUUCCCUGGGAUCAAACGGCGUCCGCACAGAUGCAUCUCUGUUGUUCUGUUUUGUUGUGUGCGACCUCACAGUUUGCAAAGACGUGUGAAAUAUGAAGAAGAAUCCAGCUGGAGGUCUGGAUACAAAGUGACAUCAGUUGAGAGCGCUGUCGUCUGAA